UUAACCUGUCUAGCACUAUAGCCAUGCGAUACCUGCCCUUUAUCGCAUUUUUCCUGUUUGCUCUUCUGGCCCUGUCUGUGGGCGAGGAAUUUUGCAAUUGUAAUCUUAUCUAUAGACCAUUGUGCGCAUCGAACUCCAAGACCUAUAACAACUACUGUGAAUUCAAGUGUGAAGUUAAAAGGGGAAGCCCCAUAACAGUGGUAAAAUGGAAACAGUGCAAUGAAAGUGCGGGGAAAAUAAAGAUAGAUUGCCAAUUGCCUAUAAACUUACAGUUGUGUAAAAGUAUAAAAUCUAAUCGAAAAGAUCCAAUCGCUAUAGCUUAAACUAUGUUUACACAAACGGCAUUGUUGAAAUCUUCUUCGCAGUAUAUAUUUCCAAUAGGUUCAUGACAAUGCAAAUAAAUAUAAAAUUUAAAUAC